CUUGGCGAGGAACGACCAUGGCGCCCGCCCCGCCCGCUCUGCUGCUGUGGUUGGCCGGGGCCGCCCUGUGGGCCGCCCUGUGCCUCCCUGCCGCCCUGGCCACGGCGGCGCACUCCCAGCGGACCUGCGAGGCCUUCGAGAAGUGCGUGCCGCUGUCGGACUGCAAGUCCCUGCUGCGCCUCGUGACGCACAAGGACCGCAAGCCCUCGGAGCACGAGAAGGCCCUGCUGCGCGGCGCGCAGUGCGGCUGGUCGCCCACGUCCGCGUUCAUGCCCCUGGUGUGCUGCGACCUGGUGCCGUGGGGUCGGUGCGGCGAGGUGCCCGGCGCGCUGCGAGACGCCGCCAACGGCCCCGCCAACGAGGGGGAGUUUCCGUGGAUGGCGCGCCUGCUGUACAGGGGCCCGGCUGACCGAGCCGAUGGUGCCGACGGCGCCGAGCUCCUCCACUACGAAGGCUGCGCGGCUUCGCUGAUAAGCGACCGCUACCUGCUGACCGCCGCCAGCUGCGUCACGGCGCGGGACAACCCUCCGGCGUACGUGCGGCUGGGCGAGCUGGACGCUCCAGAGGACCCCGCCUGCGUCGCGAACAGCUCCGACUGCUCCUCCACCGCCUUCAACGUGGCCGUGCAGGACGUGGUGGUGCACCCCGAGUACGCGGUGGGGGCGGCGGGCCACCAGCACGACAUCGCGCUGGUGAGGCUGAAGACCGCCGUGCGGUACAGCGAGCACGUGGCGCCCGUGUGCCUGCCCAUCACGGACCCGCUCGGCGACACGCUCAAGAAGGACCGGCCGCUCACCGUGCUCGGCUGGGGCAGCCUGCACCGCGCCAACACCAACACGACGCGGCGCUUGACGAAGAGCGUGCUGAGGGAGGUGCCGCACGAGUUCUGCACCGAGAAGUACAGGGAGACGCCGGACCACGUCGACGGCGUGCACCAGCUCUGCGGCCGCGGUCUGGCGGAGGGCUCCGACGCGUGCCACGGCGACCGCGGCGCGCCGCUCUCGUCCACCAGCGUGCGCCAGGGCGCGGUGCUCACCAUCCUGGAGGGCGUGGCGUCCUUCGGGACGGUCUCGUGCGCCACGGACGGCAUGCCCGCCGUGUUCGCGCGCGUCGCCACCUACCUGCCCUGGAUCAUGACCAGCAUCAAGGUGGCGUGAGGGCGCCGACGGCUUGGCCGACCACCACCAUGGCUGUGAUUUCCAACCGCGUCGACUGCGUGAACCCAUUCCGAAAGCGGCUUCUCUGCUUCACUCCGCGAUCCCAAUAUUUUCUAUGGCGGUUGGGCAGGGCAGUGUUAACGGACUGUUUGCCCAAUGUUCCGAGUGAAGUGGACCACUUGCGUGUUUCAGCCUAACGUCCGUUGCUGGCCCCAAAGGUAUGUUGCUGCGGGUUGACGCGGGACAAAGAAAGUUGUGCGGAUUUUGCCUCCCUUGAGGCACACGACCACCCAGGUUAUAGGAGAUUUGAAACGGUUCAAGUUUUCCAAGGAAAAACCCAACAUCAAAGAGACCAUUAAAAAAUGAUAAAAAGAAA